UAUGUGCGCCUGCCCUGCCAGCGCACAGGGUAGACAGACGAAGGAGAGGUGCACACUUAAACGGUGCUUCGGCGCAAAACCCCGGGUUAAUUUUUUUUUCUCCUUCGUUGUACUUUUCCCAAAUCACCCUUCAAGAUGGUAAAGGUGUCUUUCAGUUCCGCCCUCGCACAGAAAGAUGUGAAAAAGGACGCGGAGACACUCAUCCCCGAGGACGACAAAGACCCGGAGGUGGGUCUGCCAUUGCGUCAGCCGUCCAGGGCCUGGUGCUGGUGUAUGUGCCUGGGCCUGGCCAUCAUGCUGUCUGGAGUGGUGGUCGGAGGGGCAUACCUGUACCGCUACUACAUCCUGGAGGAUGCCCAGGUGUAUGUGUGUGGGUUGAAAUACCGCGAGGAGGACUUCAUGGGCCCAGAGGAAGAGGAGGUGGAGGUGGGCCUCCCGUCCCAGUUCCAAAUGCAGCAGCUGGAGGAGAGUAUCCGUGUCCUGGAGAGAGAGCAGGUGGAGCUAAUCAACGUCCCUGUACCUGAGUUCUACGACAGUGACCCGGCAGACAUAGUCCACGACUUCCACAGGAGGCUGACAGCCUACCUGGACCUGAGUCUUAACAAGUGCUAUGUGAUCCCUCUCAACACUUCCAUUGUCAUGCCUCCCAAAGACUUCCUGGAGCUGCUGGUUAACAUCAAGGCUGGCACCUACUUGCCUCAGUCCUACCUGGUCCAUGAAGAGAUGGUGGUGACUGAACGCCUGGAGCAUGUGGAUCAGCUUGGUUACUUCAUCCACAGUCUCUGUCGUGGCAAGGAGACCUACAAGCUGCAGCGCAGGGACAGGAUUCUUGGUAUACAGAAGCGCGAGGCCCUCAACUGCCAUAAGAUCCGCCACUUCAGCAGCAAGCAUGUAGUGGAGACCACUAUCUGUGAGCCCUAGAGGAGACCGCUUGGCACUGAUUUCAUCUGUCUUCACAACGGCUCUGUCGCUGGUGUGCAGUGAGUUUUUUUUUUUAUGUAUCCUGUUCUCGCUCGCCCUCCUUUUUGAAUUUUCUUUUAAUUAUCUUCUAUUUCAGGUAGUCUGAGUGUGUGGAUGAUAUGAAAUGUGAAACUGUUCAGUUAAUAUUCACUGAGUAUUUCAAAGUCUGAAAAAAGGUGAAGACUCAUGUAUUUCAGUUAUUUUCAGUAAGGGGGAAAUCACAUCUUGAGAAAUGAACACAAGUAGCUAACUUUUUAAAAAUCUGAUUUUGUUGAUUAUUUAAAAGUUAUUUAAAUAACAUUUCUAAUCAAAAUAAUUAUGCAAUGAUCAUUUUGUUUUAAUAGAUGUGAGUAUAUUACAGGGUCUGCCCUUUUGUUUCCAAUUUCAGAAAGAUAGUUUUUACACCCACAGAACCUAGUUUUGAAAUGGAUCUGUCUGUUUUUCUCUGCAUUUCAUUUGUCUGCUAUAGCUUCUCAACAUGUUCUUUCUUAACUGGAAAAUGAUCUUAAAAGAGGAGUGGGGAUGUGUUUCUCUUGUCCACGCUAUUGAUAUUUAGUUUGAAAACAACCUGGAUAAACUGGGUUGACUUUUUAAGACUUUUUAAAAAAAAACUCUUCUGUUAAUGAAAGAGUUGACAAGAAAACAUACACUUAUGUUAUUGUCUGUAAUCUUUUUUCACAGUAAUUCCUGUGAAAGUUUUUUUCUGAAUGUAUAAGUUUUUUUGAAAACUGCUUAUUGUACUAAUUUGUAAAUAUAAUCUCUGUAAAGCCAUGAUUAGACCAAUUCCACAAUAAAUCUUAAGUAAAUUUA